AUGGGGGAGGAACACCAACUUCAAGAAGCUGGAGAUGAAUCGUUGACUACACAGCCAGAGUCCUGGAAGAUCCAUUAUGAGAAGUCGUGGCUCCACCAACAUUGCUCAUCAUUGUUACCCCGUGACAAGCAGGCCCGGAAGACUGGGCAGCUCUUCUCUGGACUUCUAGCCAUGAAUGUAGUGUUUCUUGGCAGUGCAUUCAUAUGUAGCAUGAUUUUCAACAAAGUAGCCAUUACAUUGAGAGAUGUCUGGAUUUUCCUGUCCAUCCUCAAGAUCCUAUCCUUGAGCUGGAUAGCAUAUUACUUACUGUUCACUAGAAGGAAACCAUAUGCCAUCUUGUAUCAGGAUGCCCAUGCAGGGGCUAUUUGGAUUAGAGGGUCUUUAAUAUUGUUUGGAGCAUGCAGUGUUGCCUUGCACAGUUUCCGAAUUGGGUAUGACAUUAUCUACAUUCAGAGCGAAUCGCAAAUGGAAAUCUUGUUCCCAUCCAUAGAAAUACUCUUCAUCUGCAUUCAGACUUACUUUAUAUGGUGUCAUGCAAAAGACUGUACACAGGUUCAGCACAACCUCACCAGAUGUGGGCUAAUGCUGACCUUGUCCACUAACCUCCUGUUAUGGUUUUUAGCAGUGACCAAUGAUACAGUUCACAGACAAAUUGAAUCAGAAUGUAACCAGUCUCUACAAAGAUAUAAAGCUAAUUUGACAUUCUCCUGCAAGGACUCAAACAAGACUACCUGCAAGAUCUUCCAAAAAGGAUAUAUUUUGUUAUAUCCCUUCAAUACAGAAUACUGUUUGAUUUGUUGCUCCAUGCUGUAUGUCAUGUGGAAGAACGUGGGCCGGCGCAUAACCCAGAGCCAUACCUCUGGAAUCCAGCCUAGAUUCAAACUCCAUGGCAUCAUCUGGGGGCCUUUGCUUGGUAUCACUGCAACAAUUAUCGGUAUUUGCACUUUCAUGAUAUAUCAAAUCCAAGCCACCAGUUCUUUCCCUACCUAUAUGUCAUUCAUACUGUAUUAUUCCUACUACAUUUGUUUAUUGCCUGCAAUGACUGUGGGGGCUUUGGCUGGAACUGUUGUCCAUGCUUUAGAAGAAAGAGAGCUGGAUACUCUGAAAAAUCCAACCAGAAGCCUUGAUAUCAUCCUGCUCAUGGGAACAGCCUUAGGCCAAAUCGCCAUCUCGUAUUUUUCCAUUGUAGCCAUUGUGGCCACCCAUCCAAUAAGCAUGUUGAACAGCAUCAUUCUAGCCUAUUCAAUAAGCCUCAUCAUUCAACACAUUUCCCAGAAUAUCUUCAUCAUUGAGGGCCUCCACAGGCAACCACUACUGAUGAGUGAGGACUCUCAACUUACAGACAAAAGUGAAAGAGAGAAAUGUGAAGACAGCUCCCCAAACAUGGAUAACCUAGAGAUGAGACAGAAAAAACAGAGUGUUUCGUGGACUUACAUCCAGGCCUACAGGCAUCUGAACUGGAAAAGAAGAGCUCUGAAGGAGAUCUCCAGCUUCCUGAUCAUGUGCAAUAUCAUUCUGUGGAUUAUGCCAUCAUUUGGAGCACAUCCAGUGUUUGAGAAUGGAAUAGAGAAAUCAUUUUAUGGCUAUUCCACCUGGUUUGCCAUUGUCAACUUUGGGCUUCCGUUGGGUGUGUUCUACCGAAUGCAUUCUGUUGGUGAUCUUCUGGAGGUCUACCGCUCUGCCUGA